UGAGAAACUAGAGAAAGCAGCAUUCCUGAAAUUUUCAAUGCCUUCAUUUGACAUAGGAAUUGAGUUUAACAUGUCACAGGGUGAAGGCACAUCAAAAGUGGAUGUAGAAGCUGCGAAGACUGAAACUGCUCCUGAUGUACAAGAUGUGAUGACUGAAACUGUUGAUGGAGUGGAAGAUGUGAUGAUUGACACCAUUGCUGGAAUGACUGAAACUGUUUCUGUUGAUGGAGAAGUGAAUGGUAAUGUUGAAGUGGCUGAAGUGGCUCAAAUGGCUGUUGAGGAAGAAGUGACUGGAGAUGAUGGAGAAGUAAACAAGGAAAUUGAUAAUAAGUCAGAGAGUGUUGGUCUAAAGCCAUAUACCAGAAAGAGAAAGCUUCGAAAGUUAGGUGAUUCAAUUGUCAAUUACAGAUCACCUUUUCUGAAGAAUAAUAGAAGGCUAUGCAAGGAAUUUAGCAGAGAUGAAAAGAUUGUUCUUGAUUGGGGAUUCUCAAAAGAAGUUGAAAAAGACUGUGUCUAUAUAGAUGAGGAAGGUGUGUUUAUAACUCAUGAAGAAAUUCAGACACUUCAAGAAGGAAAUGUAGACAACUCAAUAAUUGAUGCAUUCACUAAGAUUCUGAAUGACAGAGAAGAAUCAAAUAAGUCUACAAAGCGUGCCUUCAUUGCGUCAACCCAAGUAUAUGCAAUGUUUGAUUUUGCAUCUGGUGACCCAAUAGAAAAUAUGGUUGAUAGAUUGCAAAAAGAAAUAAAUGAUGCUGCAGCAGAUGUCACAAAAUUAGAUAUGAUACUGUUUCCCAUUCACAAUCAUGAGCACUAUUAUAUCUACUGCUUUUACACAACAAACAACAUUGUUGAUGUAAUUGACAACCGGAUGCUUCCAGAUGGGGUGAGCGUUGAGGACAAAUAUGGCAAAACUUUGAAAAAAAUGCAUGAAGGAUUCAAAGCCUUCUGUGAGAAAGUGCAGAUUUCAAGCACAACAAGUUGGGUCCCCAGAAUCUUAUACAUGCCAUGGAGACAUAAUAGCAAUCACGUUGACUGUGGAGUAUAUACUUUGCGUCACUUGGAGACGUUUCGUGGGCAAGGACAUGUAUGGGAUUCUGGAUUUGCAACUGCUGCCACAAAUGAUGGAAUAAAAGCUCAAAAUGAAACAAUCCAAAAGAUGAGAGUGAUGUAUGCAGCUCAAGUUUUACUGUCAAAAUUUAACAAAGAAAGGGAAAACAUAUUGAAAAAAGCAAAAGACUACUUGAAGAUGUAAUUAAUUAAUAUGAUGGGGUUACAGUCAAAACAUUUCAUGGUUUUAUGGAGGGUGUGGUGGUAUGCGUUAUGCUGUAGUUAUCUGUUUGUAUGCAGUAGCUUGUAAUGCAGUGGUAUGGGUUUUAGACAUUUCUUGGUUUUAUGCAGUAGCUUGUAAUGCACCUCAAAAGUUAUCUGUUUAGUAUGUGGAAAACUUAUAUGUUGGAUUA